UUUGUUGCUGGGGAAAUAACAUAAAUUUCUAUUGAUUGAUUUUAAUUUUAAUUAACCAAGGCGAUUGCCGCAUGCAUCUGCCCUGGAUCUUCCCAAGAUUCAAACACGAAACCCUAGUUUUCUUUUCAUCAGCUCCAUAUCUUCUGACACGAACUCCCAAUCCCUCCUCUCCAUCUCCCCCGCCUCCAAACCCCCUCCCUACCCCGUCCAUGUCCGCGAAGGAAAUUUCGAAUCCCGAUCUCUCGUCCUCGGCAACCGAAGCCACGACCCCAUCUCCUGCCUCCACCCCGGAGAUCGCCCUCUCCUGGCCUUCCGAUGGAAUCCUGACCGUCGAGUGGAUCCGGGCCCUCACCGCCGCCCUCGACUGGGCCUCCCGCCACCUCCCGCCCUCCGGUCUCCCCUCCGUCCUCCCCUUCCCCGUCUUCCACCGCCUCGUACUCGCCGCCUCCAACCUCCUCCACAAGGAGCGCAACUGCGUAACCGUCGACGUCGGCGACGAACCCUGCAGCGUCGUCGUUGUCGGCGACGUUCAUGGUCAGCUUCAUGAUGUGAUCUUCUUGCUGGAGGAUGCUGGAUUUCCCUCGGAAGAUCGCUUCUUUGUGUUUAAUGGAGACUAUGUGGAUCGGGGUGCCUGGGGCUUGGAGACUUUCGUCCUCUUGCUGGCUUGGAAGAUUUUUUUACCACAUCGAGUAUUUCUCCUCCGUGGUAAUCACGAAUCCAAGUACUGCACAUCUGUUUAUGGAUUUGAGAAAGAGGUAAUGGUUAAAUAUGGAGAUCAAGGCCAACAAGUCUAUCGAAAGUGUUUAAGAUGUUUUGAAGGUCUUCCUUUGGCAUCCAUUAUAGCAGGAUGUGUAUAUACUGCUCAUGGAGGACUUUUUCGCAGCAUGAAUAUUGCUUCAUCAAAGAGAUCAAAAGGAAAAAAGGGCCGUAAGAUAGUCACCAAUGUUAACACAAACUUGCUAAAGCUUGGUUCCUUGGAGGAGUUACAAAAUGCAAGGCGAACAGUUCUUGAUCCUCCAUGGGAGGGUUCGAACUUGAUACCUGGUGAUGUACUGUGGUCUGAUCCUUCACUAAAGCCAGGGAUUUCUCCAAAUGAAGAGAGAGGAAUUGGUUUGUUAUGGGGACCUGAUUGCACUGAAGAGUUCCUUAAAAAAUAUAAUCUAAAGUUGAUUAUCAGGUCACAUGAAGGCCCUGAUGCAAGGGAUAAACGGCAUGAUCUUACUGCAAUGAAUGAUGGCUAUACAAUAGAUCAUACAGUGGAAUCAGGAAAGCUUAUUACCCUUUUUAGUGCUCCUGACUACCCCCAAUUUCAGGCUACGGAAGAACGAUUCAACAAUCGUGGUGCAUAUAUUGUGCUACAAGCACCCGAUUUUACUUCUCCUGAAUUCCAUACUUUUGAAGCCAUAAAACCGAGGCCACAGGCAAAUGCCUACUAUGACUUUGAAGAAGUGAUCGAUUCUGAUGAAGAGUUGGAUUUGCAAUCCAUGGACCAUGGCUCCGCUCUUGAGGGCAUAACUGCUAUUCAGACGGAGUAGUUAUCUUGUGAUACUGAUGUGCUUUAUUUAUUUAUUUACUUUCUUGUGUGUUAUGAAGUUUACUGCUGCAAAAGUUUUUAAUGUCAUCUCCAAGUGUAGAAGAUAGAUCGAUAUGUUAAUGUAUGUUGUAUAAUCUCUUGGGAAGAUUUAUACAACCGGAGCCCUAGCAUUUUUUGUUGUAAGUACAAGAUUCCCAUUUAUUCCAUACAAUGUUAAAUAACAUUUUUUCAUUUUUGUUUUUAAAA